UUUGGACCCACUAAACGGAUGAUCCAACGGUUCUUAUUCGUCGAAACACGUCACGGUUUGCCCCAAGAAGCAGCGAAGAUCAAAACAAUCGCGACUCGAAAUUCAGACACAUCCUUCUCUCUCUCAUACUAUUAAUCUCAUUUCGCGUCCCGUUAUAAGUCCGGCGAAAAAUGAUACCGCCGGAACUCCAGGCGCGGCCAUUCCGACCGUACAUAGCAUCCUCCAUUAGCGCCCCUUCUUUCUCUUCUUUCAGCAAUGGCCGCUCUGAUUCAAACCCUAGCCCUAACUCCCACUUCCAUUCUCCUCUUCCUUCCUCCUCCUCCUCCUCUAGAUCUCGCUUCUCUCCCUCUACUUUCGCUCACAACGCCAGAAUCGCCAUCGCUCUCGUCCCCUGCGGCGCCUUCCUCCUUGACCUCGGCGGCGGCCCCGUCCUGGCCACCCUAACCCUUGGCCUGAUGAUUGCUUACAUCCUGGAUUCUCUCAACUUCAAGUCGGGCGCAUUCUUCGGUGUUUGGUUCUCUCUAAUCGCAGCUCAGAUCGCUUUCUUCUUCAGCUCUUCACUGCUCACCUCCUUCUACUCGCUUCCUUUAGGCCUCCUGGCGGCUUUCCUCUGCGCUUAUGCUAAUUUCCUGAUUGGAGUAUGGGCUUCUCUUCAGUUCAAGUGGAUCCAGCUCGAAAAUCCUUCCAUCGUCCUUGCUCUGGAGCGUCUCCUGUUCGCCUGCGUCCCCUUCACGGCUUCCUCAAUCUUCACCUGGGCAACCAUUUCGGCGGUCGGAAUGAACAACGCUUCUUACUAUCUCAUGAUAUUCAACUGCGUGUUCUACUGGCUGUAUGCCAUCCCCAGAGUUUCUUCUUUUAAAUCCAAACAGGAAGCUAAGUAUCACGGGGGAGAGAUUCCGGACGAUAGCUUAAUCGUCUCACAUCUCGAGGGCUGUUUCCAUACUCUCAAUUUACUCUUCUGUCCUUUAUUGUUUCACAUUGCUUCUCACUAUUCUCUCAUAUUUUCUUCCGCUGCUUCUGUUUGUGAUUUGUUCCUGCUCUUUUUUAUCCCUUUCUUGUUCCAACUCUAUGCUUCCACCAGAGGUGCUCUGUGGUGGGUUACUAAGAAUGCUCACCAAUUGCACAGCAUUCGCCUUGUCAAUGGCGCUGUUGCUUUGGUUAUUGUUGUGCUCUGUCUCGAGGUUAGAGUUGUUUUCCAUUCCUUUGGACGCUACAUUCAGGUUCCUCCUCCGCUCAGUUAUCUUCUCGUCACUCUGACUAUGCUCGGAGGGGCAGCUGGUGCCGGUUCUUAUGCCCUUGGUAUGAUUUCUGAUGCUUCCAGCUCUGUGGCUUUCACUGCUUUGGCUGUCAUUGUUAGUGCUGCCGGAGCUAUUGUUAUUGGAUUUCCCAUACUGUUCCUCCCUCUACCUUCUAUUGCUGGCUUUUACUUGGCUCGCUUUUUCACAAAAAAAAGCCUUCCAUCUUACUUUGCCUUUGUUGUGCUUGGGAGCUUGAUGGUGAUAUGGUUUGUGCUGCACAACUUCUGGGAUCUAAAUAUUUGGCUGGCAGGCAUGUCACUGAAGUCAUUUUGUAAACUCAUAGUUACUAGUGUCAUCCUAGCAAUGGCUAUUCCUGGUUUAACUCUACUUCCACCCCAACUUCAGUUUUUAGUUGAAGCUGGUUUGAUCGGCCAUGCAUUGCUUUUAUGCUAUAUUGAGAAUCGAUUUUUUAGUUACUCGGGAAUAUACUUUUACGGCAUGGAAGAUGAUGUGAUGUAUCCAAGCUAUAUGGUUAUCGUGACAACUUUUGUGGGUUUGGCUCUUGUUAGACGGCUAUCUUUGGAUCAUCGAAUUGGGUCAAAGGCUGUUUGGAUUUUGACAUGCCUAUAUUCUUCAAAGUUGGCCAUGCUGUUUAUUUCGUCAAAGUCUGUUGUAUGGGUUUCAGCUGUACUAUUACUAGCCAUUUCUCCCCCGGUACUUCUAUACAAGGAUAAGUCACGAACCGGGUCAAAGAUGAAAUCAUGGCAAGGUUAUGCACAUGCAGCUGUGGUUUCUCUAUCAGUUUGGUUUUGCCGAGAAACUAUUUUUGAAGCUCUCCAAUGGUGGAAUGGAAGGCCUCCAUCAGAUGGUUUACUUUUGGGCUUCUGUAUUGCCUUGAUAGGAUUGGCAUGUGUACCAAUUGUUGCUCUGCACUUCUCUCAUGUACUGGCUGCUAAGAGAUGUCUGGUGCUAGUUGUGGCAACAGGCGUUUUAUUUAUUAUGAUGCAGCCACCAAUCCCAUUGGCAUGGACUUAUCAUUCGGACAUUAUUAAAGCAGCUCGUCAAUCUUCUGACGACAUCUCUAUUUAUGGCUUCAUGGCAUCAAAACCUACAUGGCCAUCUUGGCUUCUUAUUGUGGCUAUUCUGCUCACUUUAGCUGCUGUGACAUCCAUCAUACCCAUAAAAUACAUAGUAGAGCUCAGAACAUUUUACUCCAUCGCUAUUGGGCUUGCUCUUGGCAUCUAUAUAUCCGCAGAGUACUUCCUACAAGCUGCAGUAUUGCAUGUUCUCAUUGUUGUUACCAUGGUCUGCACUUCUAUAUUUGUUGUCUUCACUCAUUUCCCAUCUGCUUCAAGCACAAAGAUUCUACCAUGGGUAUUUGCUCUACUGGUAGCUCUCUUUCCAGUGACAUAUCUGCUGGAAGGUCAAGUGAGAAUUAAAAGCAUCCUAGAAGAUGGAGGAGUUGGAGAUUUGGGAGAAGAAGAUAGGAAGCUCACCACUUUUUUGGCAGUUGAAGGAGCAAGGACGUCUCUUCUUGGUUUAUACGCAGCAAUCUUUAUGCUCAUAGCACUGGAGAUAAAGUUUGAACUUGCGUCACUCAUGCGGGAAAAGGCUCCUGAAAGGAGUGGAAUUAGACACAGUCAAUCUGGUCAAAGCAGCUCUGCUGGUUUUGCUCCACGGAUGAGGUUCAUGCAGCAGCGUCGGGCCUCUGUUCCGACCUUCACCAUCAAGAGAAUGGCCGCAGAGGGAGCCUGGAUGCCUGCGGUUGGAAAUGUUGCUACCAUAAUGUGCUUUGCCAUAUGUCUGAUCCUGAAUGUGAAUCUGACUGGGGGUUCAAACCAGGCAAUAUUCUUCCUAGCACCUAUUUUGCUGCUUCUAAACCAGGACUCUGAUUUUGUUGCUGGUUUUGGGGACAAACAGAGGUAUUUUCCUGUUGCAGUUGCUAUAUCAGCGUAUUUGGUAUUGACGUCGCUAUACAGCAUAUGGGAAGAUGUUUGGCACGGGAAUGCUGGAUGGGGGAUGGAGAUUGGGGGGCCUGAUUGGUUCUUUGCAGUCAAAAAUCUAGCACUCCUCAUUCUAACAUUCCCCAGCCACAUUGUAUUCAACAGGUUUGUGUGGAGUUACACGACGCAGACCGGAACCACGCCAUUGAUGACGCUGCCUCUUAAUCUACCAACUAUCAUAAUGUCAGAUGUGACGAAGAUAAAGAUAUUGGGGGUAUUAGGAAUAUUUUAUAGCAUAGCCCAGACUCUAAUUUCUAGACAGCACUAUAUAUCAGGAUUGAAGUACAUUUAGAGGAAAAGAAAAAAACUACAAAGUGUACAAUAUGUUUUGGAAAUUUUCAAGUGAGGUGUUACAGAAUUCAGGUUAGAGUUGCAUUUUCUU